CGCCUGUAACCGUCGCUUGAGGCGGUUGGCUCCCGUCGCUAUCGAUCUCGCCAGUUCGUCUGCCUGCCAAGGCAAGCUUCUAAUUGCUCGACGGAGGCGGUUGGUGCCCAGCCACGCGCGGGCGGCAGCAGCCAGAAUGAUUGGCCAGAAGAAGAGACUCGAAAUGAACCUUCAAAAAAUGAGCCAGCGGAGCUCGUAGCCAACCUAAGCAACACCAAGAACAAACAACGCCUUGCGACGCCACAUUUCACUGCUAAGUUGCCGUUUGAAACGCCGUGGUCCGUCUACCCAUCCAAGAAGAAGAGGGUAGUGGGUGACAUUUUCCACCAAUUUCUGAACUGUGUGAAAAAUGCCAGCCAGGAAGUUUGCCGAUGAAGAAAUUGUGAUGGGCCGGUGGCCAGGAAGUGUCCUUUUUUAUGAAGUACAGAUAGUUAACUAUGAUGACCGUACUCAUCUUUAUGUGGUAAAAUACAAAGAUGGAACUGAACUUCAAUUGAAAGAGAAUGACAUCAGGUCGCUGUCUUCCUUUCGGUUUAGAAAAAGCAGCUCUUCUUCAGGUUCUCCAUCAAGACGCAGUGGUAGCCGAUCAAGAUCUGGCUCUAGAUCCCGCUCACCUGGACGGCCAGCAAAGCAUAAACGGCGUUCUUCUUCUCAAAGCAGAGAGCCCCAAAAUACUAAGAAGAAUACAGUUUUGGAGCCUAAUUUGAUUCCUUUGAAACUACAUGAAAAUAAUAUCAACCGAUAUAAUGGGGAACCAGAUACCACUGAAGUGAAUUACUCCUCUCUCAAAAUUUUAGAGCGCGAAAGAAUUGAGUCAGAGCUAGAGACUGAGUAUUUGCAUCCAAGAAAGGAGGAGAAGAAAAUGGAAGAGAUGUAUUCAGAGGAGAGAAUUUUUGAACCCCCCCAAACUGUUGGGAAAGUAUGCAUGAAAACAAAGGAACUAGAGUUUGGAGGGAGAAUUGGUGCCUUCUUCAUGAUAUUUCUCAUGCCUGCAACUGUGUUUUAUUUAUUGUUAAUGUGCAAACAGAAAGAUCCUAGUGUUCUGAAUUUUCCUCCUCCCCUCCCUGCUUUUGAUACCUUAUGGGAGACAAGAGUAUUUGGUGUCUUUCUUCUGUGGUUCUUUCUCCAAUCCCUGUUUUGCUUACUUCCCAUAGGAAAGGUUGUAGAAGGAACACCCCUGGUGAAUGGAAUUAGACUGGCAUAUAGGAUAAAUGGAUUUUAUGCUUUUAUUCUAACAACUGCGGCCUUAGGAAUAUGUCUGUAUUUUGAAAUGGAGCUUUACUAUUUAUACAACCAUUUCCUGCAGUUUGCAGUCACUGCUACAGUUUUCUCUGUCAUAUUAAGCAUUUAUCUCUAUGCCCGCUCUCUGAAAUCAUCUGAGGAGGAAUUGUCACCUGUGGGAAAUUCUGGAAACAUCAUUUAUGACUUCUUUAUGGGGCGCGAGUUAAAUCCUCGCAUUGGAAAUUUUGACCUGAAAUACUUCUGUGAAUUACGACCAGGCCUAAUUGGCUGGGUGAUUAUUAACUUGGCAAUGCUCUUGGCUGAGAUGAAAGUGCAACAUCAGAGUAUGCCGUCUUUGUCAAUGAUACUAGUCAAUAGUUUCCAGCUCCUGUACGUGGUAGAUGCUCUUUGGAAUGAGGAAGCUAUUUUGACAACUAUGGACGUUACUCAUGAUGGGUUUGGAUUCAUGCUAGCAUUUGGAGACUUGGUCUGGGUUCCCUUUCUCUAUAGCUUACAAGCCUUCUAUUUAGUGAAUCAUCCUUAUGACAUUUCUUGGCCUAUAGCUUCUGCAGCUGUAACUCUGAAUUUCCUCGGUUACUAUAUUUUUCGUGGUGCAAAUUCACAGAAAAAUGCAUUUCGGAAGAAUCCAAAGGAUCCAAAACUUGCUUAUUUGAAAGUUAUUCCUUCUGCAACUGGGAAGAACCUUCUGGUCUCUGGCUGGUGGGGCUUGGUGCGUCAUCCUAACUAUCUAGGAGAUAUCCUCAUGGCUCUGGCAUGGUCCCUACCUUGUGGUUUUGAUCACAUUUUACCAUAUUUCUAUGUCAUACAUUUCAUUGGUUUGCUUAUUCAUCGAGAAGCUCGUGAUGAACGUCAGUGUAAGAAAAAAUAUGGCUUUGCGUGGGAAAAAUACUGUCAACGUGUUCCAUACCGCAUAUUUCCAUACAUCUAUUGAGCUUCAAAAACACCGGAUGACAAACAGCUUUUGCAGUUAAAUCUUCCUUGCAAUAAAACAUGUACCUCAUACAGUUGCAGCUGAAAUAUAUGCAAGUUCUGAUGGAUUUUCUUCAAGAUGUGUUCCAUAGCGGUCUAGCAGAUAUCUACCAAUAGCCGUUAUUAGACAUGGCUUUUUUGGUUUUUAACAUCUGCCCACUUCAAGUUACACAAUUCUGGUAAACAAUAAACUAGUUGUGUAGUGAAUGCAAAUCUUUGCAUACAUUUUGUACACCAUGUGAACUGGGCGUCUGGUGGAUAAUAUUGUUUGUUUUGGAAAGUAGGAAAGAAAGGCCCAUUGUAGGCGUCAAGUUCCUCCAUUCAGUGAAGAUGUAAUAUACUGCACCUUUCUAAACAAGGUGGUGCUCGCUCCAUCUUCCUUGAUUGGCUUCCUCAGGGUAUGAGGAGGUGGAACUUGCAAGGGGGCCAACUGAGGAGUCUCUUCCCUGUCUCUUCUCCUUCGAGUACAAACAGGCUCUCAUUCUAAGACAGAGCGACAGCUGUACCAUGCCUGUUGGAUUAUGUUGAGGCAAUAUUGUGUGUUCAUAAUGCACUGUGCUCUAAGCAAUACACUCAUGUUGUAAAGGAAUUUUAAAAAAAAUCCAUGCAGCACUUCCCAAGUUUUCCAAGCCUCAUAUUGAUGAGGUGAUUAGGGCAAAGUGUGUACAAAUUAUGAAAUGAAAAUAGGUGCAGUUAGCUUUCUUCAGCUAUUAUAAACCAUUGCAUUGUAAUAUAGCUUUUCUUUAUAUUAUAACAUUUAAAUAUAUUGUUGUACAGCAUAAGAUGCAGUAGUGCUUUUAGAACCGGAUGAUUUUUUAACAAACCUUUUCCAGUAUUUUUGAAAAAAAAUUGUAAUGUAUUGCUGUGAAAUUGAUUUCCACUAUUGAAGUGCUCAGCGAAAUAUUGUAAAGUCAAAUGCAUUAUAAAAAUGGAAAUUUGUUCAAAGUGUUGUGAAUUUGGCAUGGCUACCUCAGAUGUAGGUUAUUUGCCUUUUUAUACUGUUGCAAAUAGGAAAAACUAUUUUUUCAAAUUGCUAUUUAAAUCAGUCUUUUACAUGAAUCUGUGAUUAAAGUCAACCACUUUAAACAAUUGUAUUUUUGUAUAUUUGAAUUUUUUGUAGCUACAUACUCAGAGUUGGAAACUAUUCUUUGUAGCUUAACAUCUAUGAAUUCUAUUGCAAUAGUAUUUACCUAAUUAGUUUUAAUUGGAAAUGAGGUACUUGCCAUUUUAAUAUAUAAAAUUAGAGGGAGAAAUAAUUUUGUAUAAAUUCAACCUUUUAAAACCAAUUUUAUAGCUAAUAAAUUUCCAGUAUAAUUAAUAUGAAAAACACGCUUUAAUUUGAAUUUCUGUAUUUUACAUUUAUGAAUUUGUAGUAUAGUUCUUGUUAAAUAGCAAUUUUGUUUGUAGUUUGAUAGAGUUAAAAUAUUUCUAAAGGACUAUGGUGCAGCGUUGCAUGGAGAACAUGCCAUUGAGUAUACUAGAACCCUGUUUUCUUCAAGCAUGUUCUUAGGUGUCAUAUCAGGACAUUAUGUGGAAUGAAAUAUCAGAAUAACAUAGCUCACAUAUCCCUGUCCAGUAUAUCCCUUCUGCUUGAUCAUCAAAUACCACCUCAUAAUGGCCUGCUGUGUUCUACCCUAGGGCUACCCUAUUGUGCCCUUAGAUCAUGUUCUUUUUUUGCUGCCUUAGUUACCAUAUAAAAUAAUGAUAGUUUAAUUGUACUUUAGAAUGUGCAUGUAGUAUAGCUCUUCUGAAAAUGAUCAUGACAACUUUCUUUAUAGUAUUGUCUGUUUUUGUUGUUGUUUUUAAACUUUUGAACAAUGCUUCAAAAUGUCUGUAAUGAUUUAGGCAGAGAAAAUGUACUGCUGCAUAAACAUUUUAAACAUACCACUAUUUCCAUAUGAUUUAAUCUAAAGUAAAAUAUUUUUUUUGCCUAUAUUCGUUCAGCCAGGGGCAUGGUUCCUGACUAAUAUAAACUGCAGGUUGUCAUGUUCAUUAUUACAUUUUAAAUAUGUGGAAUAUACACAUUUGAUUGAGCUUCAUAAAAAUAACUUGUAUAAUUAAAAUAUUGUUCAAAAUG